AUGGACUCGGGGAGCAGCCGGUGUCUGGAGAAUGUCGGGAGCAGGACCUGCCACGAUCUGAAGAUGAACGUGAGCAAGAAGAUUGUGGCGCUGUCCAGCCCCCUCCACGCCCCCGACAUGCCCCAGGAAAUGAAGAGAAGCUGCCCCUUGGAGAAGCAGGGGGAGAUGGGCAGCGAGAGGGUCAAGACGACAAAGGCCUUGAAGGAGAAGCAGAGCAGCGAGCCGGACAGAGGCGGGCUCAAGCGCAGGACGGAGAGCGAGGAAAAGCCCCCGCCGCCCAAGAGGGAAGCCCGGGGCGGCGAGCCGGAGAGCCCGCUGAUGGCUAUGGCUCUGCCCCACAUCCCUCUGAAGAACGUCAUGGACGUGGAGAUGAAGCUGGUCUACAUCGACGAGGAAGACGUCACCUACGAGUUCGUGGAGUCGCUGGUGUCCGGCGGCUCUCCGGCCGCCUGCGAAGCGGCCGACAUGGUGGGCCCGGUGAGCGCGCCUCGCUUCGGCUUUCUGCCCCAGAUGGACAGGUGGCUCCAGGUGGCCCUGAAGGACGCCAGCACCUGCUACAGGCAGAAGAAGUACGCCAUGGCGGCGGGGCAGUUCAGAACAGCCCUCGAGCUUUGCAGUAAAGGAGCAGCUCUGGGAAAACCUUUUGAAGCAUCUGCUGAAGAUAUUUCAAGUGUUGCUAGUUUUAUUGAGACAAAGCUUGUCACCUGUUAUCUACGGAUGAGGAAACCCGACCUUGCCUUGAAUCAUGCUCACAGGUAUGAUUAAUUUAUUGUUUUUACUCAGUCUCUGGUAUGCUUUGUCCUUGCCAAUCAAUAUAUCAUCCUCAGAUUAAGAACCCCCAUCCUAUGUCUGCGAUACUAUUACCAGUUCAGGCAUGGAGGGGCUGCGUUCUGUGCUAAUGGCCGCUACAUGGAUGCCGGCGUGAAGUGUGCAUGGGGCAGACAGCCAAUUCAGUCAUCUGGAAUGAUGCAUCCAAACCUUCAUGGAGUCCAGUGUUGCCGAGCAUUGUGGCAGCGUGGAAAUCGAAGCACGGACGAGCGUUCAGGGAGUGUUGUUGAAUUUACCUCGAACGCAUGUUCCUCUUACCUCUCUGGGGCAGGGCCGUGUGAAGAUGCCCAAGCCGGUGAACUGAUUCUGACCCGGACGACAAGCAGCUGUCAUCCAUUUUUAAUGCGGAUGACUAACCUGAACUCUUCCAGGAGUGCCAUGAUCGCUGACUAUAUGUACUGGCUAUCAGGAGGAAGUGAACAGUAUGUCAGCAAACUCAUCAAGUUGUACUGGCAGGCGAUGGUCGAAGAGGCCCUCACCAGAGCAGAAUCCUUCUCAGCUAUGUACACGCCAUUUGCAACAAAAGUAAGGGCCGACAAAAUCGAGAAAGUGAAGGAGGUUUUCACAAAAAUGCACCCUGCGUAUGUAGAGUAUAUGUACACAGACCUUCAAGGACUUCAUGUGCUGCCUCAGACAGUUGACUGGUCAUCAUUCCCUCCUCAACAAUAUUUGUUGACACUUGGAUUCAAAAACAAAGAAGAUGGAAAAUUUUUGGAAAAAAUGUCAAGCAGGAAGCUGCCCACAUUUACAGAGCACAAAACCCCCUUCAGCCCGCUGACCAGGGAAGAUGCAGCGAGACACAUGGAGACCAUGGGGAAGAGGAUCCUGCCAAUACUGGAUGUUAUCCGAAGCACUAAAUUAAAUGGGAAUUUCCAGGCAUGCUCUGGCGUGAUUGAGAAGUUGCAGUACGCCAGCCUCCUCAGCCGACUGCAAAGAGUCAAGGAGCAGUCCCAAGUGAUUAACCAAGCAAUGGCAGACCUGGCCACCAUCCCCUAUCUCCAAGACAUCAGUCAGCAGGACGCGGAGUUGCUGCAAUCGCUAAUGUCAGACGCUAUGGACACCCUUGAAGGAAGAAGGAAUGAUAAAGAACGGGUGUGGAAUAAAAUACACAAGGUCGGGCUAAUUGAAGACUUUCUAUACCAAUUAGAGGAUAGUUUCUUAAAAACCAAAAAAUUGAGAACAGCCAGGAGGCAAAAAAUGAAAAUGAAGCGGCUUCAGAACAUGCAGCAGUGCUAGUCACUGGAGACACGGAGCCCCCUUUCCCCUUCCCCCCCCUCCCCAACCCACCAACCACAACCUCCCCAAGGAAGAGGUGCAGACAUCCAGGCAGGCAGAGUUUGACAGCUGGGACGACAAAGGCCUGCCUUCGGAUGAAUGAGGCGGCUCUUCCCUCUGGUUCGUCUCGAGCAAGGAGAUUCUACACUUCAUUAGUCUCAGCUGGCAGAAAUAAAUGUUCUCAGAAAGUUUGACUUGGUUCUUGUUC